CGUCGUUUUAUCCUUCCCUAAUUGCAUCUGCCUUAAACCUUGUCUGCAAUUCUUGGGGUUUUCCCCUUGUAAUUCUUGAUCAAUCUCACCGUACUUUAUCAAAGAAUGUCGUUAACAGUACUAAAAAGAUUGCGAAACCAGAAAUCAUCACUUAUAUUCAAUAACCCCAGUCUCAAAAUUCACUUAUUUACCCAUUUCUACUCUCCUCUCUCUGAACCCCACUAUCAACAUUCUACUUCGAUUUAUAAUAAGUCAAUUCUAGCAUCCGGGCAUGUUUUUCUGUGUAAUAGAAUUAAUUGGUUUUCUUCACUUUUGCGUGAAAAAUUGAAUAUCCCAUGUAUGCCUGUUACUGCGCGUUUAUUGAGUUCGCAGGCUGCAAUUGAGAAAUCCACUUCUGAUGGGCUCACGGUGGAGGGUAUAAUUGCUAAUGGUUGGACCAUAUAUGAUGAAAAUGAGAGUGAUUGGAAAAGCCAUGCCUCUGCCAUCGCUCAGUCAAUUCAUCUUAUCAAGAAACGCCUGAGGUGGAAAAAGUUAAUACCUAAGUUGGAGAUAUUAUCUGAUCAGCUGAGUAAGCCAGACCUGUGGAAUGAUCCAGUGCAUGCCGGGAAGAUAAGCUGUGAGCACGGUUCACUUAUGGGAAAAAUGAAAGAGGUUAAUGCAUUUGAGCAAGAACUUCUUGAGCAUAUUGAAAUGAUAAAACUUGCUCGGGAAGAGAACGAUGCAGAAUUGGAAUCGGAAUCUCAAAAUACUCUACUUACAAUGAGAAGAAAUAUCAAGGAAAAAGAGCUUGAAGCUUUGUUAGCUGGGGAGCAUGAUUCUUGUUCUUGCUUCAUAGAGGUUCAAGCUGGAGCUGGUGGUACCGAGAGCAUGGACUGGGCUUCAAUGGUCAUGCAGAUGUAUAAGAAGUGGGCUGAACGUCGAGGCUUUGGAGUUACCGUUGUGGAUGAAAUGCCUGGCGAGAUGGCAGGAAUCAAGCGGGCAACAAUCAGAGUUGAUGGCGAGUAUGCAUUUGGAUAUGCCAAAGCAGAAGUUGGGGCACACCGUUUAGUACGGAUCUCACCGUUUGACAGCAAUAAGCGCAGGCAUACUUCAUUUGCUUCUGUAGCUGUAAUUCCAAUUCUAGGUGAUGGAUUUUCCCGUGUGCAAAUUAAUGAAUCUGACCUUCGAAUUGAGCGAUUUCGAGCUGGGGGAGCUGGGGGUCAGCAUGUUAACACAACUGAGAGUGCUGUGCGGAUAACUCACAUUCCUACUGGAGUAAGUGCCUCUUGUCAAAAUGAAAGGUAUGCAGCCUUUUCUGGUUAAAAAGCUGUGAGUUGCCCACUUGUACAGUUGUUUCACUUUGGUCGCCAAACUCUUUUUUCCUCCCCAAAUUAAUCACUGAAGUUUCACCUUUUUCACGUUUAGACACGCUGUCUGCUAAAUUAACAGAAUUAAUUAGUUGACUAACAAACACUGUAAGUCUAUAACAGGACUUGAAAAAUCACAAGUGCAUGGUUUUAUUGUG